CCUAAUCCGGUUCUCGAUUCUUGUCACGGAGACUGCGCAUCACCUUGUAAGGUCGUCAUAGGCCUUCCCCUUCCUUCGCCUCGCUAAACUUCCAAGCCUCUGCUGAACAAUCCACUCGGCAUCUCUAUCAAUUUGACACGUUCACAGCAAUCCUUUACCCUAACAUCCUUCUGUCUUGAUCUUCUACAACCCUCCAGUUGUCGUUCUCCUCGCCGUAGGACUGCGCAUCGUCUCCGUGACAAUCUACCAUGUCUGUAGAUCUCCAGCCGGCCGAAUUGGGCUUCCGACGCCCUUUCAAUCGCGAAGUUACCGAGAUUCUCAAGCUCACGAAUGGCAAUAGCCAGCCUGUGGCCUUCAAGGUCAAGACUACAGCCCCUAAGCAAUACUGUGUGCGACCGAACUCUGGUAUCAUCGCGCCCAAUGAAUCUGUCGAUGUUCAAGUCCUCCUACAAGCAAUGAAAGAAGAACCUCCGCUGGACGCCAAAUGCCGGGAUAAGUUCCUCGUUCAGUCCGUCCUCACUUCAGCCGAUCAAGAUCCCAAUGUCACAACGCUCUGGCAGACGGUGGAGAAGACGGCCAAAACCAGCAUUCAAGAAAGGAAAAUCCGUGUCAACUUCCUCCCUGCCACUGCAGCCACACCCAACGGCGUGUCUUCUCACGAAGAGCAACCGCCGGCCUACUCUUCCCCGACUCCGCAGUUCGGCUCCCCCGCUCAGCAAUCAUCAACCAACGUAUCAGCCGCCGAAUCCGUCAAGACAUCGGUGGCUAAUGCCGCGGAAGCGACUGGCCUCACCACUGCUGCUUCUACUGUUGCCAGCGCCGUCCCCACCUCAAACGAGGAGUUGAAGGAACAGUUAACAGCCGCAAAGGCCCAGAUUCAGAAAUUGACAAGCCAGCUGCAAGAUCCACAAUUCCGGCAGAGAAAGGCGCAGGAGGCGAACGAGAAAGUCCAGGCGGUGGUACAGCAGAGCCACGAGUCAGGAGUUCCACUGCAAAUCGUGGCCGCGCUAUGUCUACUCAGCUUCCUCAUCGCUUACCUCUUUUUCUAGAGGGAAUCCGUAUAGCUUGGAUAUUGGGAUUGUGUGAACCAGUCAAGAUAUACCCUUUUGUGGUAGCGAACCGCGCCACGCAGAGACGAAAUGAGACGAGUAGCGGGUACCAGUGGGUUGUGUGGAGUUGCGCGCAAUAUCUGGAUUGCGCUGGACGGUGGAAGUUCCCAAGGGUUUGCUUCCAGCAAUGUUUUGGAAGGUCGCGAAGUGAGAUCGAGUAUCGACAUCCCGAGAAAAUGUGUCUCACGGAGACGAGUAAUGGAGCAAGGGGCAUUCUGUGCUGAAGUGUGUAUGGAUUUUCCAAUGUAAGCCUAGAACAAGCAAGAGCACGUCAACAUGCAGGUUUCAGAGCUCAAAAACAAAACAAAUACAGUAUUGCAAGUGUCAUAUCUGCCUCUCUCCAGCUGGAUUUGCAUCCUUGAGUGAAGCAGCAAGCAUUUCCUACAGACACCUUGGUCUCUUUCGAAAUCCAGCAUGUGGACGCAUGGAAGGGGGCUUUACAGUUCGGAGAUUUCUCUCAAUCAAGUACGGAUCUUGGACCUAUUCUAGGAGGCUUUCUGCACUGUAAGCUUGGACCUGGCGGAUGUCUUCAUGCUGGACCACCCAAC